AUGUGGCCUCAUGGAUGAGCUGGUACAUGACUUAGCCUCAGCCUUGGAGCAGACAUCUGAACAGAAUAAGCUUGGUGAGCUGUGGGAAGAGAUGGCCUUGAGCCCUCGGCAGCAGAGGCGGCAGCUUCGCAAACGGAGAGGCAGGAAACGCCGUUCAGACUUCACCCACCUGGCAGAGCAUACCUGCUGCUACAGUGAGGCUUCUGAGUCCAGUCUGGAUGAGGCCGUUAAGGACUGUCGAGAAAUGGCCCCAGUCACCAAUUUUAGUGACUCUGAUGACACAAUGGUAGCCAAACGGCAUCCGGCUCUCAACACCAUUGUUAAGAGUAAGCAACAUUCUUGGCAUGAAUCUGACUCCUUUACUGAAAAUGCACCUUGUCGACCGCUCAGGCGCAGGCGGAAGGUGAAGCGAGUGACUUCAGAGGUGGCUGCCAGCCUUCAGCAGAAGCUCAAGGUGUCAGAUUGGAGCUAUGAGAGAGGGUGUAGGUUUAAGUCUGCUAAGAAGCAGCGUCUGUCACGCUGGAAGGAGAAUACUCCCUGGACAUCAUCAGGCCACGGAUUGUGUGAAUCAGCAGAAACUAGGACUUUUCUCAACAAAACAGGAAGGAAAGAAAGGAUGGAGUGUGAAGCAGAUGAACAAAAACAGGGCUCUGAUGAGAACAUGUCGGAAUGUGAAACCAGCAGUGUAUGUAGCAGCAGUGACACAGGGCUCUUUACCAACGAUGAAGGACGGCAAGGGGAUGAUGAGCAGAGUGAUUGGUUCUAUGAAGGAGAAUGUGUCCCAGGAUUCACUGUCCCUAAUCUUCUGCCCAAGUGGGCUCCUGAUCAUUGCCCUGAAGUAGAAAGAAUGGAUUCUGGACUGGAUAAACUUUCAGACUCCACAUUCCUUUUACCUUCUCGGCCAGCUCAACGAGGGCACCAUUCUCGCUUGAAUCGUCUGCCUGGAGCUGCUCGAUGUCUCAGAAAGGGGCGAAGGAGGCUUGUUGGGAAGGAGACCAGCAUAAGUACUUUGGGUACUGAGAGGAUAGGCCACAUCAUUAGUGACUCCCGGCAGAAAGAUGUCUGGUUACCAUCAGCUGGGAAAAGGGAACGAAAUCAGUUUAAUCCCCUCUCUCCCCUUUACUCCCUGGAUGUUCUUGCUGAUGCUUCUCACCGACGGUGUUCACCUGCACACUGCUCUGCCAGACAGGCAAGCCUACACUUGGGACCCCCAUGCUCACGUGAUAUCAAGAGGAAACGAAAGCCUGUGGCCACAGCAUCUCUGUCUAGCCCAAAUGCAGCAAUCUCAUCAGUUCCUGUGGAUGUGAUGGAGCCAACCAUACCAGCGCUACAGGCCCCGAAAUCUCCCAACACUGAGUGGCUGGUCAGGACCUCUGCCCCAGAGAAAGCCGCCGAUUCAGCUGCAGCCACAUUUUUUAAGAUGCCACAAGAAAAGAGCCCUGGAUGCAGCUAGAGAGCAGUAGUUCGCCCACCAGGAGCCAGCGGGUGUUGUGAAACAAAUACUAGAUUUUGUGUUAUAUAGUCUUGCAUAUUUCAAUUGAUAUUCCCAGUCUGUUUAUCACUAGGACUGGCUCCUUCCUCUUCAAACAAAGCAGUGGACUCUUUCUCUUAGAAAAUCAUAUUGUGGAAAUGUGUGUCUUUUUUAAAAGUAAAGUAUUGGGGCAGCAGUUGUUUUAAAAAGUCAUCCUAUGCUAUAUUUGUUAUCGCUAUUGCUGUCUCAGCAGUUACCUACAGCUCCAUUUACAGAGCUGUUGCUUUUUUGCAGGUGUGUCUUUUUUUUUCUUGUACAACUAGUAACUUCUUUGCAUACUUCUUGUGUAGAGCUUUUAAUAUCACUUGAGGAAGUUCCCAAUUUGCAGGCAGUUCCAUUCAAAUUUAAACACUGAGUUAAGACCUGUGUGUGGAAUUGUGCUUGCAGUAGGUAAGGCUUGCCUUUCAGCCUGGCCUUGCUUUACUCACAGUGCCAAUCAGAUAAAUCCACCAAGGUCUCAGUUUGGAGCCUCAGAAGCAACACCAGCAGCAGGGACUUGGGGACUCCUUCCAGUCUCCUAGAUGCCCAUGGGAUCGCCAGCAGCUGCUUUGUACUUUGCCUCAUCUCUGAAGUUGGUGUUCUAUGGAAAGAGGACAUUUUACACACACACACACACACACACACACACACACACACAGAUUGAGGUAAUGAAGAUGGUUCAACUGUACAGCAAACUUAGAAUAGUCAGUGGUUUGUGUCUUAAUACUUCAUGUUGCAGUGUAAGCCUUUACAUACUAAUCGGGAUUCUAUUGUUAGUUUACAGGUCAAUAACCUGCAGCAGAUAUUCAUACUCUAUUAUAAUAAUGGCUUCUUGAGGUUAUACUUUGGGGAGGAAAAAUGUCUUUUGACAUGCCUUUAUAUUUGCCAUGUGUAUGACAGCUGAGCUGCCUGUAGAGUUAUGUACACAUCCAUGCCUGAAGUUGAUGCUCUUUUGUCAAGAUGAGGAAUAAGUGACUGCCUAGAGCUGCUGGAGGAAGCCACCCUUUCUAAAGAAAAGAUUACCCAGCGUCUUGCAUUCAGGGCCCUGGUUGAUAGAAGGGUUCUUGUUUUUUACAAAUUUAGUACAUUUACUCUGAAAUACGCAGACACUAGUCUCUAAGUGCCCACUGCUCUGGCACUGUUCUAGGGGAUGCCCGCUCUUGCACCUGGACUUUUCUAUGCUUCAGUAGGUGCUGAGUGGGACAGAGCUUCCUCUCCCUGAGGGGCAGAUGUCCCUUUCCCGCACUGAAUAUGAUGGCAGGCUGCUUUAUCGUGUUCCCCCUAAAAAUUACAGCUCUUGUCAGUGGUAGCUCCAGGAUUUCCUCAUCUGAGGGGUUGGUGUGAGUCUGGUUGAGGAGGGGACUUAAGCUAAGUUUAUGUGGCACUUUAUGUGAGACUGAGACCAUGUCAGUUGUCCCUAACAAGGAAUAGAGUGGAGGGAGGGUACAUGGAGAUUGUGGGGUGAGGAGCAGUGCUGAAGCCAACACAGCAUCCCUGUUCUCAUGUGGUGGGGAGUGUACUGCCCCCUGCAGGCUGCACCCCUGCCAUGGAGAAGGUGGAAUGUCUGUUGAAUACAAUAUAGUACAACUGAAUUGUUUAGUGGUGAAAGUGGGUCUUACUGUCAUAGGUGCAUUCUUACCUAGUCCCCAUAGUGUCCCGAGGCACACACUUCUAACAUACUUUUUUGGAUUUGAGGGAGAAAUCCUUGGACAUAAUUUCAUUUUCUUUGCACUAAGCUUUGUGGCUCAUGCAGAGAUUGGUCCUGUGAGCAUAGCCUAGUAAGACCUCCAUAGUUCAGGUCGAAUCUUUUCUUCAUGGCAUGUUGUCUGACAGUUCUCCUUUCUACCUGUAAUUAAAAA